CUGCAGUGAAAGUUGAGUGUAUUUAAUAAUCGUGUUGUAAUUUAAUUAUGCAAAAAGUGUACCAUCUUUCGCUCGGUUGAAGAGAGUUAGGUGUACUCGAGCCGUUAGUCUGUAAUCUCUUAUUGAUUUGAAAUAUUAAAAAUGUUAAGCAAGUUGUAUUUAAAUCAUGACAAACGGGGUUCUAUUACAUAAAAUCAAAAAAUUUGCAGUUCAAUGAGUACAAGCAAUAAGGUACUUCAAACAGGGACGUGUUAUGGACUGCGGUGACGAAUGGACACAAUUUACCGACGAUGGUGUGUCUGUCAUAAAACCAGGGGUGUAUCAGCCACGUCUUGUUCCAGGAGAUCAGCACGCCAACAUACAAAGAAGAAACAUGAGAGUAAUGUUCAAGAACGGAGACAUUAAUAUAUGUCACAAAAGAAAUAGAAGAGUUCAAGAUUUUUCCAACUACAUUGUCGCCCUCGUCGAGGCAAGGUGGAGAUGGACUCUGCUUAACUUUUGUUCAGCCUUCCUUUUCAUCUGGCUCUUUUUCGGUGUACUUUACUGGAUAAUAUCAUACAACCAUGGAGACUUUGCUCCAGAAAACCUGCCACAGAAUCAAAGUACAUCAAAUUUUACGGCAUGCGUUAAAAAUUUUUACGGAUUCACUUCAGCAUUUUUAUUUAGCAUCGAGGUUGACACAACAGUCGCAUACGGAAAAAGGGCAAUAACUCUUGAAUGCCCACAGACAAUAACCACAAUGUGCUUACAGUGCAUUGUCAGUUCAAUAUUCCAAGCUGUAAUGGUUGGAAUACUUUUUGCCAAGCUCACUCGGCCGAGGGGAAGGACGAAAACAAUUCUCUUCAGUCGGCAUGCUGUCAUAAACUUGAGAAACGAUAAAUUUUGUCUAAUAUUCCGCGUUGGAGAUAUGCGGAAAUCCAGAAUACUGAACAUUAGACCUAAAGCUUAUGUAAUAAGAUACAAAACUGAAAGUAAAGUUUUAGAUAUUUCAGAUCAAAUAGAAUUAAAUGUUGACGUAGAUGAAUGCGAAUCAACGUUCUUUCUGUGGCCUAUAACUGUUGUGCAUCAAAUAGAUGAGUCUAGUCCUUUUUAUAGAUUGUCUGCUGCAGAUUUGUUGUGUUGCAAGCUAGAAAUACUCACGGUGUUUGAAGGUGUUGUGGAAUCAACGGGUCAGCCGGUACAAGCGAGGUCGAGUUUCACGGAAUACGAUGUGUUUUGGGGUCACAGGUUCGCCUCCAUGGUUGGUUAUAAUACAAGCCGGAUGAUGUAUGAAGUCGAUUUUUCGAUGUUGUCGGAGAUUCAACAGGUUGACACGCCUUUGUGUUCUGCGUGCGAAUAUGAUUCAUUGUUACUGACCCUCUCUCAUACUCCAGAUGAUUAUUAUGAACCUAAUUAAUUGCCUCUGUGAAAUAAAUAUAAGUUAUUUCGUAAGA